AAAAAAAUUCUUGAACUUGUUUCCCGAAUAGAGAGAAAAGCGAAGGGGGGCAAAUCCCUAUAGGCGACUGAGAGAGAGAUGCCGGAGCUUCCGGAAGUGGAGGUGGCGCGGCUGGCUCUCGAGGAGCAUUGCGUCGGGAAAAGGAUCGUGCGGUGCGCCGCCGCAGACGACACCAAGGUCAUCGAUGGGGUCGCCCCCGAACGAUUGGAGGCGUCGCUGGUCGGGAGGACCAUCGCCGCCGCGCGGCGCAAGGGCAAGAACAUGUGGCUCGUGCUCGACUCCCCGCCGCAUCCUACUUUUCAGUUCGGCAUGGCCGGGGCUAUUCACAUCAAAGGUGUGGAGCUUAGCAAAUAUAAAAGGUCUGCAGUGAACCCAACUGAGGAGUGGCCUUCAAAGUACUCUAAACUGUUCGUUGAAAUGGAUGAUGGCUUGGAGUUUUCCUUCACUGAUAAGAGGCGUUUUGCAAAGAUACGACUGCUUGACAACCCAGAAGCUGCACCUCCAAUUUCUGAGCUUGGACCUGAUGCCUUAUUUGAACCAAUCAAGCUUGAUGAAUUUGUGAAAACAUUAAGUCAAAAGAAAGGGCCAAUAAAAGCCCUUUUACUUGAUCAGAGUUUUAUAUCAGGAAUUGGCAACUGGAUGGCAGAUGAAGUACUUUAUCUGGCAAGGAUUCAUCCUGGGCAAACUGCAUCGAAGAUAUCAAAGGACAAAUGUGAGAUACUCCAUCAGUGCAUUAAAGAGGUUAUUGAGGAGUCCAUAAAAGUUGGUGCUGAUAGCAACCAGUUUCCAGAAAACUGGAUUUUUCAUUCCAGGGAGAAGAAACCUGGCAAGGCCUUUGUGGAUGGGAAGAAAAUUGACUUCAUUACAGUAGGUGGUAGGACCUCAGCAUAUGUGCCAGAGUUACAGAAGCUGGAUGGGACAGAUUCGGCAGCAAGCAGGUCUAAGCCAGGCAAAGACAAGGAGAAUGAUGACAAUACAAAGUCAGGAAAAGGUAGAAAUGCUCCAAAACCAGCAAAGGGAAGAGUGAAGGCGGCAAAAGGCUCAUCAAACAAAGCUACAAAUACUAGUGAUGAUGGCGACAAGGAGGAUUAUGAAGUGGAAGAGGCAAAACCAGCAAAGCGGGGAAGGAAGCAACCAGCAAGGGUAUCUAAUACCUCAUCUAAAAAUGCUGGCAGUAUUCAUGGUGAUGAAGCUACUGAUGAGGUAGAUGCACGUCCAGCAAAGAGGACAAAGAAGCAAAUAGAAAAGACCACAAAGCGCUCAUUGAAGGAAGCCAAUCAUGAGGACAGUGAUGAAGAAGCACAUGAUAAGAUAGAAGCCAAACCUGGGAAUGCACCAACAGAGGAAAGCGCAAGGAGGCCGCACAUGAAAGAGCUUGCCAAAGAAAGUUGAUGCAGGCCCAGCAAUGAGACCGCAGAGGAAAGCGCGGCAGGCUUGAGCACGCUAGGAGUUAAACAAUGUAUUUUGCAGUUAGAUUCUCAACUGGCUUAAGUUUUAGUUAACUUAGGUACUCGAUGUGGUGCAGAGGAGCCCGUUUCUUCUGCUGCACCGGCACAUGAUAUUGCAUCAGCUGGAUAACGGUCAUUUUGUUGCUUAUGGCCAGAUCGACAGAUUGAAAUAUGCUAAUGCAGUUGUGUAAGCUAUUAAAAACACCGCUAAAGGGUUGGAUGCCGACAUGAGGUUGCCUGCAUCAUUACCUGUCUGGAAUGAGAUUCUCUAAGGCCUUGUUUA